CGAUUAUCAUUAUUAUACUAAAAGAGAAGAGAUAAUGUCAACUCUAAUCAGCAGAUUGCGAUAUGCUAAGUUUGCAGUCAGCAUUGAAGUUGUAAAAGACAAUAUUUUCUUCUAGGUUUACAUGACGUUAGAAAAAACGAAUUAUUGUGUUUGUCCGAUUAAAAUUAGACUGUUAUGUAAAAAUGUUAGUCCACUUGAAAUCGUAGCCUACAGAGAUGUGAAUAAACUGCUAUGACAGGGUGCUCGGGCUUUGACCCGGAAAUAAUACAAUAACCCCAAAGAAGACGAAGAAGCCGGUUACAACCUUUUACUGUCUAUGGUUACAACCAUACAACAACAACAACAAACAUGGCGAUUGAUAAACCUCCACCUGUUCAUUUUUGGAGUGAUGCAGAGACAGAGUUCAUGCUGUGUCAGCUGAAAGCGUUAAAUAUUUUGAAAUACAUGGAUGGUAGGAAAACACGGAAUGGCAACCUGUUUAGAAAAGUUGCGGAACACAUGGAGGACGCUGGAUUUCAAAGGACGUCCGAGCAAAUCCGUGUUCGGUGGAAGAACGUGAAAAAAGCCUACUACAAUACCAGGAAAAAGAACCAAACCAGUGGCAACAGUUCAGUUUCAUGUCCAUACUCCAACAUAUUGAAGGAGCUGCUUGGACGUCGACCGUUGUCCAAAACAGCAGAGAAUGGCGUGGACAUUGUGUCUAACGUUAGUCCUUCGUUCUCAGAAAGAACACAAAAACUUCUUCCCGGUGGAUCAAACGUAACAACCGUGUACCCAGCACUCUGCACAACUAACCAAGAGGAAGAGCAGCAGUUUGCUGGUGAUCAGGCCCCGCUGGAGCAGGACCCGCUCCCUCACGAGUCCUCUGAUUCAUAUCUAACGUCCUCACCGACCUCAGAACCAUCCAGUUCUACAUCUCUGUUUCAUCAGCAGUUCCAGAUCGCUGUCAAAGCAGAAGCACCUGAAGGUGCUGUACGGGACAGUCCCAUUAGUGGAACACCUAACGGUGAAUUACCGAGACGACGCUCACGACUGAGCCUGCAGCCAGGGACACAGGUCUCGCCCUCCGCACGGAGGACGUUUAGCAUCCCAACGCGGUUCACGUCCUUGAGCCCAUUCGAGGAGCAGCUCCUAGCCGUCCAUCGGGAGCAGGCUGCGGCUAUCCGUGAGGGCUUUCGCUCGCUGGCACAACAGAACCGACUCCUCUACUUGGAGGUCUGCGAGACCAACCGCAGUGUAGCCCGGAUUGCCUCGGCGGUGGCCGAGAAGGCCGCAAGCUCCUCUGGCAUGGCUGAAGAACUGAUCCGAGUGCAGCAGAGAAUAAGUGAAAGCAUCGACUCCACUAACAAUCUCCACACGCGGGUGAUUGACUUGCUGUUCUCACAGCAGGAGCAACCCAUUAUUGUCAUGCCUAAUGAGGAUAAAGGCAUGAAUGUACGACCCAGUAGAGAAUAGGCUUGUCAUAAUAAGUACAUUAUCGCCUUAUCGCACAAUUAAUUAAACUAUUGACAAUAGCUUUUUCCAACCUCGAUAUUGUCCGAAAGUUACGUUUACAUUCAUGUCGUGUACUGUAGGUGGCACUCUUUCCUCUGGCCAAAAAAUAUCGAUCCCAAUGCUCCAGUGCAGUGACGGUCAUUAAAGAUCCCAUGGCAUUUAUCGCAUAGAGUAGGGGGUUCCCUGGUUUCCUGGCUAAAUUCCCAACCUGGCUCAUUCAAUCUGGCCCCCUAAUCAUCCCCCCAAUGUAAUUGGCUCAUUCACUCCUUCACCCUCCACCUUAAGCUGGCGUAUAAUGGCUGCCCUGUGUUGUUGUUGUUGUUGUGUCAUUAGUUUUCAACAUAUUUGUUAGAGUUGUUUUAAAGUGAUGUCCUAAAAUAUUGCAACAACUACACUGUAUACGCAGUAUUUUUUCUGGGACAAUAUAUUGUGCAGCAAAAAGAGUUAUCGUGACAGGCCCAGUGGAGAGGAACGUUGUACGUAUCAGGCUCAAUUCAUGUUGUGGAGUUAUUCUGUAUUUUUGUGUGUCCUGAUAUUUUUCCAUGAGUGAUUUCAUGACCAACAAGUCUACCUCUGCUUAGGCCCCUGUUUUCUGUGAAAGACACAUAGCCCAAACUCUGCUGUGACAGUAGUUUCACGCAUAUGCUCCCAUGCCUGUUCAAGGUUGCAGGCGCACCAACACUAGAAUGCCCUCUAGGUUCUGCUGACACCUGGGACCCGUUGCACAAAAGCAGAAUUAAGACAUCCAGGAUAAGUUACUGAGCUGCGCUCAAUGAAUCCAAAACAAGAGCGUACAUGCUUAAUUGGUUGCACAAAGACCAAGCCAGGAUGAGCAGACACGGAUUCAUCAAGCCAGGUGAAACCUAUCCUGGAUAAGUGCGCGCUCAUGGCUCCUUCAAACUGACCCCGCUAUCACAGAUUCACUGAUUCACCAUGGCAACUAGAGCAGCUUCAUUGGUUCUUCUACGGUGUAAACUAGGUAGCGAUAGCCUUUUCACAACAGCAACACCUCUGUUUAGGAGAAUAUUGCAACUAGUGUCGCUACCACCACGCGCAAAAUGGUUACGGCACUCCCGUGACGUCACAUUGUCGCAUGACAGGUCGGGAAUGGCGAGUAUGUAAAAGUUAAUUAAUGAUCACAAACGUUUAAAUAAUGACAGUGGGUCUAGUUAUAUGUGAUAACAAUGUGUAUUGGGCAGUGGAAUAACUAUUGGUUUCUGUUUGUGGUGACUGCUGACUGAGCUGACUGAAAGCAGAUGGAAAAUAGCAGAUGGAACUUAGCCUGGUCUGGAGCAGGCUAGCUCCACAGAAUAAAUCUUCAUGGUGACUUAUACCAUAACAUAUCCUGCUGCCCCCUAUCCCGCUUUUGUGCAACCGGAUCACAGAUAAAUUGAGCCAGGAUAACCAAGAUAUCCCGGCUUAAUCCCUUAUCCUAGUUUUGUGCAAUGGGCCCCAGGCCUCUGUCCUCCCAAAAAGCACUACUUAUGUAUCUGUUUAGACCGUGUUUUGUUUUACUCCUUUCAUGUUAAUAUGGUUUAUUUCCCCCUUGUCUUUUUAUGUCUUUUGGUGUAUAAUUGGGGUCUGCUUGCAGAGUUUCUCUUUCCUAAGUUAUUGUCAUCUUGGGAGACGGAUACCAUUUGAGACGCUCUGUUGCCCAGGGCCCUGAUGAACUGUAUUGAGCGUUACUUUUUCUAGUUCUUCUCACUAUUGUGCCGCCGGUUCUUCUGAUUUAUUUCUGCAGUCUGUCAAUUAAUAAAUAACAUUGAUUACUGAUUCAACGUUUCCAAAAGUUCAGUGUUCUUUUCAAGAACCAG